AUGGGUAACGACGACUCAUCCUUCGUUCUCUAUGGAAUGGGAGAAAAGCCAGAAGCUUUGACGCUAGGAUCGUUGGUGCUGGAGAAGUAUUGGCAGCCGUUGAUUGCUCGCCAUUAUACUCAUACCCUGCUCAAUGACGAAGAUCUACGGCAACACGCCCACACAACCCAAUUGACCAGUGCCAUCUUUCAUGGAUGUUCUCGUCUCACGCCUGGUGUCGGCUUAGAUGCUGGUGAUAUAGCCAAUCUGAGUCUUGCCUACCAUCGAGACCAAGACCGAAUUAUCAUUGCGGAGAAGGGUGUUCGGGCCACACUUAAAGAUCCUGAAUGCUUCCUUGAAACAAAUGUCUUGACGAACCCAGACGCGCAAAAAAAGCUCAAAAUGUGGCUGUCUGCUGCUAACAGCGACUAUGUGAUGAACUUCAAAUUUGCCCGUCGACCAAAGAUAUGGCUGCUUACAGGACUCUACCUACUCGAGGGCACCCGUGCAGUCGUGGCUAAGAGCCACUCAUCCAGCGUAUCAGUCGGAAUUUCCUCUGCCCUCGUCGGUCUCAUAUCAAGUGUACCUAUUGGUGGGUCCGUCAGUCUUGGUUCCGGGUCGUCCUGGGAAAUGGCAAUGCAGGUGGCCGAGCCGCAUGUGUGGGCUGCUCAAUUCCGCCUCCUUGAUGCACGUUUUAUCAAGAUGGGUAGAGCAGGCGUAGAUGGCGUGAGACUUCCGUCUUCUUUGGGUCUGUACCGCGAUGUUUUGUCUAUCAAUAGGAUUACCCGAGCGGCAGGAGGAGGGACCUCUGUUGAGCUCGAAUUGGAAAAGGAGAAUGGGCUGGGAAGUUCAUAUAACGAGGAUCAGGAGAGUCAGGAGCUGAAGGAAUAUGAAAAACGGUUAGAAGAAGCGAUGGAGGUAUUCGAAAGAUCCUUGACAAGCCAUUUCUUGCAAUGA